CCAAUUCGACGUCAUGUAGGAAGCGCAGCAGGAAGGGUGGAGAAAUGAGCCUGGGCUUCCUUCCUAGUAUCAUUAACGUUUAAGUCUCAAAAGAUCCGGAUUCUCCCGCUGAAUGUGAAUGAAAGAAAAGCGAAACGCGUGAAGUGCUGGAACACAAGGCACAGAAGACACUCUUGAGCUCAGUGUAGCGCUUCUGGAGGACGUGCACUCAUCUGCUAUCUGUUAGACCUGAAAAACAGAAUCAGGAUGUCAUCUGAGGAAGAAGAUGCCUCAAACAGUAACAGUGGUCAAUCAAAAAGUAGGCUGAAGAGCAAGAAGCCACCAAGUCUGAUGAUUGCAAUUCCCAAAACCGAUGCUGACAAAAAGUCCCUGCAGCCAUCUUUUAAGAAAAGUGUGAGUCGACAGCAGUCAAGUGAAGGACUGUCAGACAGCAGUCCAUCUACCAGAGACAGACGAACAACGUUCAAGAGGCAAACAUCACUCUCUCAGAGCAUUCGCAGGGGUACAGCUCAGUGGUUUGGAGUGGGCAGUGAUAGUGAAUCCAAGCAGCAGGAAUGGCACAGGAAGAGUCUUCGGCACUGCAGUCAGAGAUAUGGCAAACUGAAGCCUCAGUAUUGUGAGCAGAAUGAGGCAGCCAGCCUAGAUUAUGGCCCGGAGUCACCAGUGGCCGCCAGAAUGCCAAAGAUUGUGGAUCCUUUGGCUCGUGGGCGACAGUUCCGUUAUGAGGACUCAGAGCGACCGAGGACACCCCAUACAGCAUAUCCUCCUUUGACCCCAGGAGUGACCUCUCUAUGCUCAUUCACCAGCCAACGUUCUGGUUACACACGUUUGCCACGGAGAAAAAGAGAAUCGGUGGCCCGAAUGAGCCUCCGUGCUGCAUCCAACCUUUUUAAGGGUCGACAGGGUCUACAAGGCACUCAGAGUGGACGUGGAUUUCAGAGGAGGAGUUUUGCUCGGCCCAGCUGGCUUGAAGACGACACUGUGGAUACAGUAGACACCUCUGAUUCAGUUUUUUUUAGCAAAGUAGAUGUCCAUGAGGAGCUUUAUUCUAUGGCAGAUGAUGUUUUUGAGUCACCCCCUAUAUCAGCUUCUUGUCAUGUGGCAGAUGUUUCUUUGGGCGAGGGAAUAUCAUUUCCCAACUUGGGAAAGAAGGAUUUCACCAAAACUGUGGCCACCUAUGAGAUAGAAUCUUCUCGUCGUGGAGGUCGAAUUGCCUCCAAAGUGAAGCACUUUGCGUUUGAUAAGCGGAAGCGUCAGUAUGGUAUGGGUGUGGUGGGGAAUUGGUUGAACCGACACUAUAGACACAGCCUUAGCAGCCAAGUACAGAAACAACUGGAAGAUUUUCAUAGUCAUCGGCCAUAUUUUACCUACUGGAUUACCUUUGUGCAUAUUAUCAUAACGUUGCUGUCCUGCAUUACAUAUGGAUUUGCUCCUGUGGGCUUUGCCCAACAUUCCACCACUCAGCUGGUACUGAGAAACAAAGGAAUCUAUGAGAGUGUGAAGCAUGUGCAGCAAGAGAACUUCUGGAUUGGUCCUUGCUCUGAGGAUCUGAUCCACUUGGGAGCAAAAUUUUCUCCAUGCCUCAGACGAGACAGUCAAAUAGCGAAGCUAGCAGAGCAAGCCAAAGAUCUAGAAAGAGAGUCUGGCUGCUGUGUACAGAAUGAUGGUUCUGGAUGUGUACAGACCCAGAGUGAUGACUGUUCGGAGACUUUAGCAACAUUUAUAAAAUGGAACAAAGAGAAUAAAGACAACGUGGAAUCUUCACGUGCAGUCUGCCAUCAGGACCCAAGGACUUGUGAAGAGCCAGCCUCAUCAGGACCACAUGUUUGGUCUGAUAACAUCACAGAGUGGCCAAUUUGUACAUACCCUAAAACAUGGAACCACACCGGAUACAAACACAUGGACUGCACACUAAAGGGCAGGCCGUGCUGUAUUGGAACAAAAGGAAGAUGUGAGAUUACAACUUGGGAGUAUUGCCACUUCAUGCGUGGAUAUUUCCAUGAGGAGGCCACACUGUGUUCACAGGUUCACUGCCUGAAUGAUGUGUGUGGCUUGUUGCCAUUCCUGAACCCCAAUGUCCCAGAUCAAUUCUAUAGACUGUGGCUCUCCCUUUUUCUUCAUGCUGGUUUACUGCAUUGUCUGGUGUCUGUGAUCUUCCAAAUGACUGUACUCAGAGACCUAGAGAAACUAGCUGGCUGGUUACGCAUUUCCAUCAUCUACAUUGUCAGUGGUAUUACAGGAAACCUUGCCAGUGCCCUCUUCCUACCAUACAGAGCAGAGGUUGGUCCAGCAGGGUCUCAGUUCGGUUUGUUAGCCUGUCUGUUUGUGGAGCUGUUCCAGGCCUGGCAGAUGUUGGAAAAGCCAUGGAUGGCAUUCCUGAAGCUUUUAGGCAUUGUUCUCUUCCUUUUCUUCUGUGGUCUUCUGCCCUGGAUUGACAACAUUGCUCACAUCUUUGGCUUCCUCAGUGGUCUUCUCCUGUCCUUUACAUUUCUUCCAUAUGUCACGUAUGGCACCUUAGACAAGUACCGCAAACGAGCUCUUAUUUUGUUUUCACUGCUUGUCUAUGUGGGGUUGAUGUCUUCACUUAUUGUCUGGUUCUACAUUUACCCUAUAAACUGGCAUUGGCUAGAACAUCUUACCUGCUUGCCUUUUACCAGCAAGUUCUGUGAACGCUAUGACAUUGAUCAUGUGGUACACUAACUUUUUUUUUUGUAGACUAAAGAAUUUUCUAAGGACUGCAAGGGACUGAGUAAAACAUCAACAUUCAGUAAAACAGCAAAUCACAGACUAGAUUUGAGGUUUAGCAUCUCUGUAACCAGUAGAAUGUACAAUAGUCAGUUUAUUCCAAAAUCAGUUCUGAACAUUUCUGAAUAAUGUGCAGGUAAACUAUGAUGUGUUCAACUUAAAAUGUCUAACAGCACACGUCCUUCCAGAAUUAUUGUUUGUGUAAACAAUGAGCUUUAUACUGUCAUAUCUGCUUACACUUUUAAAUACAUGAUUUUUAAAAAAAAUUCUGUUAACUUCACACUUACAAUCUUUGACAUAUAAAAUACCAUUCACAUAAAGAUUAAUUUCCUGUUAAUUCAGCUUUUUUGUAUUUGUCCAAACAACAUUUCAGUGAACUACAUAAGGUUCUUGUAAAAUACAAAUCUUUUAUAGUCAUUCCACUGAACUGGCUAUGGAUUGUUUUGUUUGUUUGUUUGUUUGUUUAAACUUCAGUGACGUUCAAAAGAAUACUUUAUUCUCAGGUCACAUUUUGUACUUCUAUAGACCGCUACAAACCUCUGGCUAGGCUAGUAAAAUCUAGUUCCACAUUAUUGAACUCACUCGUGUAGCUCCCCAUACUUAUUUUUCUGGAUUACAAGCAUGUUUCCUCAGACAACUAAAAAUGAGAUCAAAUAGAUGUGGCAGUAAUUUCCUGAAUAGUAGGCUCUGUUAAUCAUUUCACUUCUCAGUGCAUUUCAUAUGUUUCGUAAGUCAUUUGAAUAUUUAAUUAUUUUUAUCUAUCCCUUUUUGUGCUCAGAAUAGAGAUCCUUGUUUGCACUCAACAGAGGAGUUUGUUUACAACCAGCUAUUAAUGUUAAUAGGUACAUUACAUGCAUGAAAUCAUGUGUAUUCACUUAUGGAUUUGUGGUCUCCUUUUAUAGUAGUAUCAGCUAAAUUCAGUAAAUUCAGCUGUCGUUCUAAUUGAUAUUCAGUGCACAAUAGUUUACUGAGAACAGCACUUGUGCCUUAAUAGACUAUAGGAGUUCUCUUGAAUCUGACAAUCUGGAAUAUUUUUGUCAUAUUUAAAUGUGUUGAAGGUGUACAAAUACGAUUGGAGGUGCACCAAAUAAGUUGUGCUUCAAGUAAUAAUAAAACAAAUAAAGUUUGUAAAUGUUUUUUUCUUUUUUUUCUUUUGUAAAACGAAUGUCUUUAUGAUGUCUUUCACACUUUGCUUGUUUAAUAUAUUUUUUUUUUUUUUUUAUGUGGCUAAUUCUCUGUGCCUCUUUUAACAAAUAAAUAAAUUGCCAUUCCAGAAUCAUUACCCUGUGAACGCUACAGAUGUUUACACAAAGUUCAGAGAGCAAUCAUUCUGAAAAAUAUAUUCUUUAUUUCUUUUUUAUUACAAAAUGUACAAAAUCUUGAUUCACGACUGUGAAGGCAUAGGUGGUGGAUUUCUGUCUUAACCCUCUCAUGUGUUUUUUGAUGAUUUCUGUUUAGCAUACCUCUGCACAUCGGACAUUAAUAAAUUGUACUAAUGCCUAACCAACACAUUAAAAGUUUCUCAUGUUUAUGGGAUUGUAUAUUAAACAUUGGCACUCACAGACAUAACAGACAACACUGCAUGUUCUCUUGUGGCUGUUUUCAUGAGAGAUCACAGUGGAAAAGUGUUCAGUUGAUGCUAUUUUAAUGCUUCCACAGAUUAGACACACAUCUAAAGCAGCCACAAGACACUGAACACAAAAACUACCCUAAAGAAGAACGUUUAACUGUUGAACCACUAUUUUAUCUUUCCAGCCUUAACCCCCAAACUCACAACACAAGAUCUGUCAUGAAUUAAAAAAUGUGCACGAUUAAUUAAAAAUGUAAUCUAAAGAAGUGCAUACCAAAUAUAAAACAAAAUAAACAAUAAUAAAUAUAAACCUAGCCUAUUAGAUAGCCUGACUUUGAGGCAAAAAAAAUAAAAUGUUUGACAUGAUGAAUAUAUAUAUAUAUAUA